AUGGACUUCGACGCCAAGUUUUUCUUCUCCUUCAUGAGGCUUGGUUGUGCCGAGACUUCGUCGGGUCUCAGCUUCACCAACCUUUGCUCGAAAGGCUGUUCCUUGGAUCAGGCUGCAUUUCUGCAGCUUCAGUGUGCUUUGCUCCAUCACUGGGUGGACAAGUUCAAGACGCUGUCAGAGGAUGGCACGUUUCAUUUGCUGGCCACGCUUCCCACUGAACUGCAUGUGGCAGAACUGAUCAGGACAGACGUUCUGUGCUACAAUCUGGUUUUGCUGUGUACUGUUUUGGGGCUAGGGCAUGCGGCAAAGAUCCGAAAAGCGAUACUGUGGAGGAACUUGUGGUCGAAAGCUAUUGGGCUGUCCAAGCGUUCCAUGGAUGAGAAGGAUGCGUGUAAAAAAUUGGAGACAUCAGCCAACCAGGUUACCAAGCUCACAGGUCUCCUGGACCAGGCGGGUGAAUAUGGGACGAAGCCUGAGCAGGUUCAGCCCAUCUUGGCUGCUGCGCGGGCAUGCUGCAGAGCAGUUGAUGUUCACACUGCCUGCAAAGGCAUCACGGAUCCUGAUGCGAAGGCCAAGUGCGAGACCCUUGAUGAAAGUUUGGAGGGAUGCGCGCUGGUCAUGAAGGACAAGUUUGGCAACACCGCUUAUGCCUCUACUUUUUUCCAGUCCCUCUUCAAGGAUUCGGAGAACCCAUACCUCUUUCCAACGAAUGAUGAAUUUGAUUCGAACGUUCUCUUGCGAGAGCUGAUCAUCGAAGGUGAAGUGCUGGCAGAAGUUCUACGAACUGAUGAAUCGGCCCAUGUGUUGCUUGGAAAAUGUGCUCUUGCGCUGCAGGAGUUCCAGGAGAAGCUGGGCACUGACAAGUUCGCAGCUUGCUGCAAACUCUACGCAGUCUUCAAAGAGUUGAUUGGCCAGUUUGGCAGGCUGACGGAGCCGAGCUGGACGGUUCACAUCCAGGAUGCAGGGCGCAGGUUUUUGAAGAUCAUUGAUGGCGACAUCGGCUUCGAAUUGGUGCUCUCGUUCUGCAAGGGCAAAGGGCACAAGGAGUGCAUGCAGAAAAUGAAUGCCAUCGGAACUUUGCCACCAACUUUUACCAGGUUCAAGGAGGUGGUUGGAUCAUUUGAGGCUUUGAAUGCCAUUGAGGGAGAGCCUCCGUCUUCAGAUGAUCACACGGAGGUGACCAAGCACUUGACCAGCUUGGUCACAUUUCUGAGUUUGGAUGUGAAGGUUGUAAUGGCCCUGUACCCGGAGUGUCACCAGAAGGUUGACGCCUACCAGAGCCAAAUUGUUGCCAAUAUCCUUCGCACCUUGAACAAGAUGAAAGUGGAUAUCAGGGAAGCGCAGAAAACGCUGGAUACUUUCAGGCCGAUCCUUGAAGCUGCGUCUGUAUGGUCUUUGGACAAUGUCAAAUGGAUGCUGGAGGAUGACGAGGAAAAGGUUGACAAGCCCACUGCGGAGAUUGUCGAUUUGUAUGUGGCCUCAGACCCAUUCCUGAAGUUUGUCAAGAAGAUCAUUUCAGUGGUCAAGGGUGCAAAGAUUGAAGUAAACACAAUCAUGGAUCCUGCACACUGCAUGAAGGGAAUGGUGGAGGCUUUCAUGGAAGACGCCCGCAAGAUCGUUUCUUGCAUGACCGUUUGCUCCUUGCUGCACAACGAGGAGGACAGGGAGCCCGAGUACAAGAUUUCUUGCGCCAGAAAGGUGGGCCAGUUUCUGUCCAAGACAUUUGGCAUGAGCACCAAGGACUUGGCACCAUCUAUUCAGAGCCGUUUCGAAGAGUUUGGGAAGAACCUUGCAUGCCCUUUUGGGAUGUAG